AUGCUCAGUGCCCUGGCUGGAGGAAAACUGUUUUCUAAGAUUGACUUAAGCCGAGCAUGCCUACAGGUACUGAUGAGCGCAGCGUCCAGGAAGUAUUUAACCGUGGAUACGCACAAAGGACUGUUUGAAGUCAAUCGCCUGCCGUUCGGAGUUGCUUCGGCCCCGGCGUUAUUUCAACGCAUCAUGGACACCGUGUUGAAAGGCUUAGAUGGAGUGGUUUGCUACCUAGAUGAUAUUCUGGUGACCGGACGGACAGAAGCCGAACACAUGGAGAAUUUAGAAAGCGUGUUGAAAUGUUUGAGCUCAAGAGGAGUGCGGGUCAAGAAAGAGAAGUGCGAAUUUUUGAAGUCAGAACUGCAGUUCCUAGGACAUGUAAUCGGGAUGAAUGGCAUUUACACGGCACCAGAGAAGGUGCAAGCGAUUCUUGAAGCGCCAGCUCCCAGUGACAGGAAGCAACUUUGCUCAUUUUUGGGCAUGGUCACCUACUAUGCCAAGUUCCUGUCUAAGCUGUCUUCGAUUGCGUACCCAUUAAAUCGACUUCUCAGCGAGAAAGUAAAGUGGACGUGGUCAUCAGAAUCUCAACGCGCAUUCGAGGCCCUCAAGAAGGCUAUGGCAUCUGCGCCGGUGCUUCAGCAAUACGAUCCUAGUUUGCCGCUUCAAGUGUCUGCUGACGCCUCACCGUACGGCGUUGGAGCAGUAUUAGCGCACGUGGAUAGUGAUGGGAUUGCGAAGCCAAUAGCGUAUGCUUCAAGAACUCUGACAGAAAGCGAGAAGAACUAUAGCCAAAUUGAGCGCGAAGCGUUGGCUUUAGUCUUUGCAGUGAAGCGUUUUCACUGCUACAUUUACGGGAGAAGCUUUUGUCUGGUCACGGACCAUAAACCACUAGUGACGAUCUUUGGCCCAAAGACAGGGAUUCCGCCCAUUGCAGCGGCGCGUCUACAGAGGUGGGCAAUAACGUUACCUGCAUACACUUACACGCUCAGCUACCGAGCAGGAGAGCAGAACUACGAAGCAGACUGUCUGUCCCGCCUUCCAGUGAAGAAUGAUGGAAGCAAGGUGACGGAUGUUGUGAGCGAAUUUUAUUCCAUUCGCUUGGAUACUUUUCCCGUACAGAGCUCAGAUAUAGCUCGAGAGACAGCUCGUGACGACGUAUUAGCGCGGGUUACACACUACGUCCUGAAAGGUUGGCCACGCAAGGCUACUGAUGAUGACCUCAAACCAUACUACGUGAGGAAGCUGGAGGUGACAUACUUCAGGGGUUGUCUUAUGUGGGGGAUACGAGUAGUGGUUCCUCACAAACUGAAGAAAGAAGUACUCCAGGAAGUACACGAAGGGCAUCCUGGCGUCGUUCGAAUGAAAGAGACAGCACGAAGUUAUGUAUGGUGGCCAUCGGUAGACUGCGAUAUCGAAGACUUGGUAUCUUCUUGUGAAGACUGCCAACAACAACGGAGCGUCAGCACCGUCGCGCCACUGCACCCCUGGGCUUGGCCGACGAAGCCGUGGCAACGCAUCCACCUAGAUUUUCUGGGGCCAUUUUAA